CACCUCCCUCUCUUCGUCCGUCCCGACAUGACGGGCUCCCGGCCCAUGGUUGACAGCACUACCACAACCGCCGCCAACAACAACAGUCAUGCCGCCGCCGACCAAUCUGCACACCAGCCCUUUCUCUUCCCCUCACCUCAACUCUCUCCCCCGCCGCCCACCUCGCACUCUAAUAACCUGCUCGUUCCGUCAACCUCCCACUCGCCCUCGACCUCGCCCGUUCCGCCGCCCACUGCUUCUUCCUUUGGCUCCCAGCAGCGCCCGCCCUCGUCGUCCUUCUCUUCCAACCGUCGAUUUCGCGACGAGGUCCCCUCCGACGCGACUACCGUGAGGAAGGAACACAGCCAGUCCAUCUCGUCCAAUCCGCUCACCGUGGCCUCGUCGGGAAAGGAUAGCAGCUCGCAAGCCGAGCGCCGCGAACUGCAGCACAAAGUCCGCACCCUUCCGCCAUGGGUCCAGUCCGCCGAAGAUGAGGACAACGCCGAUGCCACCUCUCUGCUGCUCCCUCGCACCCCCGUGUCCGCUCGUCCGCCGUCUCACAAUUACAUGCCUACUCCCAAGUCCAGCGUUCCUGGCCGCAAGUUUGACCACGCCCGAGAAGGUGCCCCUGUGACACAGGUAGUCUCCACAUCCGACCAGGCUUCCAAGUGGCAGCAGUUCACAAAGGCCUCCAACCUGGAUCACGUCCGGCCCCCCUCGUCGUCGCGCGGCCAGAUCGUCGACGAUGCUUGGAUGAAGGAAAACAUGCCCGAUUUGGAAGAGCCGUGGCAGCCCAUGGAUCAGGAAGAGAAGGAGAUUGAGAAGGGUUUUUGGUUGUUCAAUAAGCAGAAGCGUUCCAGGUUCCACCGCGCCCUCAUGAAUCACCCCAUGGUUCCUCUCGCCGUGCGCAUGAUUGUCCUCACCUUCUCCGUUCUGGCUCUCGCCCUCGCUGGUGCCAUCUUCCACAAGUCGAAUAAUCAGUCAUGUGAGAAUAACUCUUCCACGUGGAUGGCUAUCCUGGUCGAUGUUGUCGCUAUCCUUUACACCAUCUACAUUACCUACGAUGAGUACACGUCCAAACCUCUCGGCCUGCGCUCCCACAAUGCAAAGAUGCGGCUCAUUUUCCUCGACCUUGCCUUCAUUGUCUUCGACUCUGCCAACUUGAGUUUGGCUUUCCAGGCCCUGACGGAUGAGCAGUGGGCGUGUAGAAAUGCUAGAGAUGAGAAUUUCAACUAUUGCGUCUACUCGCGAGACAUUUGUACACGCCAGAAGGCCUUAACCGCUACUUUGUUGGUUGCCUUGGUUGCAUGGCUCGGAACGUUUACCAUUAGUACGCUCAGGUAUGCAUUCUUACUGGUACGGGGAAGGUCUCUAGAGUUGACAACUAAUCGCACGACAGGCUUUUACAAAGAGUGGCUAGGUAGCAUUCUUUUCUAUAUUCGUUACCCCUUUUUGCGUUUGUAGCAUUACUACUCUGCAUCACCUAGUUUUUGCAUACACGAUCCAGACAUGGAAACCUCUGUUCUUUGCUGUAUUUUUUUUUUUUUUUUUUUUUUUUUUUUUGCAAACGAAACAUGCGCGGACGUUCGAACUUCCCCCGCUUACUUUCCAAGUUGUUUUCCUCUAAUUGCGUUCUCACCGCGUCUGUCUGUCUCCAAGUUUUGUUUUGUCAGUUUCUGCUUAGUCCACACUUCACAGUUGUUCAUCAGCAUUUUCCGGCGUUUGUGUGUUAUCAUUAUCCUGUUAUCAACCCAACAGCCAGCUGCGCCGCGCCACAUUACCGAGCCCGGCCAUUGGGAGGAUUGCAACCUUGUUAUACGUUUCCGCCAUCAUCCUGUCCGUCUUGUCCGUGACCAGCGAACUAUCAAGGGUUGUAUGGAAAGGAGAGGAUCCAAAGAUCAAUUGCACCGAAUUGACGUCUUUGUCAUCUCCAUAUCGAUCACCCGACAGAAAAUAGAGCGACACGGGAAACGGGAAGACUUAUACGGCCAGUCGCAUACAUUGCCCUACAAAGGUUACGGCGCAGUCAGCGUUCACAACCGUUUCACAUCUCGCACCGACGGCGUUUU